AUGGAUCUGGCCAAUACCCCCUUGAUAUUAGAAGGGGCCAUAUCAUGUGCACAGGAGCUGAGGGAGAUCAUAGAUGGGCUUUCGGCGCAAACUAUCGGAGGCAGUCUCAACCGCGACUUCAUCGUCGAAGCAUGCAGCCGUGUCGAGAAUCUAGAACCUCCUGCCUGUACGAUCAACUUACCAGCGAACUUCGCGCCGGCGUCUCGAUUGCCUCGCAUAGUCGUUGGCGCCCUUGGUGAUACCGGAACUGGCAAAAGCAAACUAUUCAAUGAGCUUCUCGGCAAGAAUGUACUCCCUACAAGCAGCACGAAGCGAGCGACGUUCUUCCCUACGAUUAUCAUCCAUCAUCCAUUGCCCACCAUUGAGGCCGUUGUCACGUUUAUGACCGAGGAGGAUUUUGCGAAACACGUUGCGACGGCAAUUGAUCUUCUGCAACCUAACGAAGACGGGAAGGAGUUGACUGAGGGAUCGCUUAAGAAAGACCCCUCCUAUUCUCUGCUUGCCGAGUCUCUUAACCUCGAACGCAAUCAUUAUCGCGGCGACGACGGAAAGGAGGUAUCCGCCGCACAAAUCUUAGCAAAAUGGCCAGAGGUGGAAGCGAUACUUGGAAAGACUGAAAACAUUGUCGUGAACGAUGAGAAGAAGUUCAUCGCAGACACCAAACGGAGGUUCAGCCGCGGCAAAGGUCAUUCCCAAUUCAAAUCGUGGCCUCUUAUCAACAACAUGGUCAUCAAGUGCAACGCGGAUAUCCUAGCUGAUGGCACUAUACUGGUCGACCUACCGGGAUCGUCCGAUGUUAGCGCGACGGUAUUGCGCGCAACGGCGUCGUUCAAGGACAAGCUUCAGUUCACGCUGGCCGCCGCACGUCUGGAUCGCUCGCAGACCGAUGCGGCUCUGCAAUCCAACAUGGAAGAUGAAGUAGCACGGCAGGCGCGCACCCACUCCAGCUCCGACGCCGAGAACGCCGAGACCUCUCGCACGCCCCCGCAGAGCGCGUCCGCACCAUCAGCAAGCGACCCGGCUCUGGCGGUCAUCAUCACACGAUGUGAUAGUACUACGAACGUUAACAUCGAGGAACUCGAGGCGGAGGACGACGUCGGAUCGUUGCUACGAGAGGACCAUGCGUAUAACGGUGUGCGCGAACGUGUCGAGGCCAUCAAGCUACGCAUAGAAGAACUGCAGGAAAAGGACGAGGAAGACGCCGAGAGCGACCUCGAUGAACUCACAGCCAGUGAUGAUGAAGCCGAGGCGCCGCCAAGUCCCACGCGAGAUCGCAAGCGCUCGCAAGCAGAGCAUCCUGAAGCCUCUUCGCCCACCAAAAGACUGAGAACUGCGGACGGUGUCAAGUUGGAACCCGCCGGACCUAGCGCUUCGGCAGGCGCGGAAGCGAUGGACGUCGAUCUCAACUUACCGCAGCUGCAGAAGCGACUCGAGGCUUGCGAGCAGCAGAGUCUGGUCAUCGCAUCGGGCAUACGCUCUCAGGUCAUCUGCACAACCAUCCGGGCCCAAUACUUGGAGAAGGCAAAGGAAUCCCUCAAAGGCGAUAUACCCACGUUGCCGGUCUUUGCGACCAGUGCAUUCGAUUUUGCGAUUUUCAAGGGCGAUCUCGCAUCUGGAAAGUUGACCACCACCGCGGAGCUUGACAGAACAGGAAUACCCGCCUGUCGAGACUUCAUCCGCAACAUCGGCGCCCGCGAGCAGCGGGCAGCCGCGCUUAGAGCUAUCCAGCCAUUCAUUGACAGCAUCAAAUCUGUUUUGGAACUUUUGAAAGUCAAGGAGACUCAAGACGUGGACGCCACAGCGCAACAGAAGGUCGCUCUGAGGGAGCUAUGGGCGAGCCGAGCACCCGGAGAUGGAGUAUCGACGAGCACGGACGCUGUGCAGGAUAUAUCUUCGAGUGCCAGCAUUCGAACAAAGCUCAAGGAGACAUUCGAAGCGAUCGUGCACUCGGAGAUCUGCGGGGUUCGUCGCAAGCUCGCUCAACUUGAAACCGCCUGUAAUCGUCCUCUCUCCGAUCUUGCCUACAAACACGUUCCGGAGAUCAGUAAGAAGAUUGUCACGCUUGAGCGACAUCAGUCGACCUGGCGAGCUUUUCUUACCCAUGACGGCGUGCACAAAGGAGUGAACUGGAAUGCCACUCUUGCGGCCCCUCUCGUCGCGUCGAUGGCUCCAGAACGUAAAGCCUUGUUCGACCAUUGGAACAAAACGGUGGUCCCGAACUUACGGCACAAGCUCUUCCACGCUGGUGUUCGACUUCUGGACACCGUCGCUCAAUCCGCCGCCGAGUACGACCCUGAGCUAUCGCAGAGUGUCAAUGACCACGUCGGGCGGGCGAUAGAUCUCAUGUACGCCGGCGUCCACGAGGCCUCGCGCAGCAUCGCUGCGGAAUUGCUUGACCGGGACGAGCGCGAAUCACGACCGCAGGCCCUCAUCAAGGCCGUGGAAAAAAAGCUGGUGGAUGUAUAUAAUCGGGCGCUCAAGACUACGGGCAUAGGGUCUAUGGAGAAGCAGAAGGAUUUCCUCGAAGAAGCUAUCAACGAGAGGGCCCAGACGAUGUUUCCGCCAAUCGUGAAGAAGUUCGUCGAUGCGCGGCGAGCAACAGUUGACAGCGUUCAUGCGAGGCUCCUGGAGGCUUUGAACCAGACGGCCACGGAGGCCGAGUUAGCUAUCUCGCCCGUAUGGGCCAGCGUCGGACGCGACGAAGAGCAAGCCGCUACGCAAGAUCGUGCUUUCAAGGCCGUGGCCCAUAUUCGCGAUCGUCUCGUAGCGAUGGAGACUGCCUUGAAGGACGGCAUCAAACACGCCGAGGAGAACGUUCCGUCAUGCUACCCGCCACCCGCUUUGCCUGAUACCGAAUAA